AUGAUUCCUCAACUGAUAGCUGGACUGGCUGCUCUCACUGCUCUGCCUGUGACGGCUAGCCCGGUUGAGCUGACACGUCGAGGAACAGUUGCAUCCGACGCAAUUGUCGGAUUCCCCCAGACAGUUCCAGCUGGUGCCGUUGGAGACCUCUAUUUGGCCUACCAGCCAAAGCUUUAUGUUGUCAAUGGCUGCGUGCCUUUCCCGGCCGUUGAUGCAGAAGGGAACACCAACGCCGGCCUCAGCCCAACAGGAAGCUCAAAUGGUGAUUGCAGUACGAGCACAGGGCAGAUAUACGUGAGAGGCGCUUCUUCAGGCAACUACUAUGCCCUGAUGUAUUCCUGGUAUUUCCCCAAGGAUUCGCCUUCGACUGAUCUCGGCCAUCGCCAUGAUUGGGAAGGAGUUAUUAUCUGGCUUUCCAGUGAUGGAAGUACCACUGCAUCGAACAUUGUGGCCGUCUGUCCAUCAGCACACGGUGACUGGAACUGCAGUACAGAUGGCUACACGCUUGAUGGGACCGCCUCUCUGAUCAAGUACCAGUCCAUCUGGCCUGUUAAUCAUUCUCUCGGCCUGACAACCACUGUGGGCGGCACACAGCCGUUGGUUGCCUGGGAAUCAUUGUCAACUGUCGUGCAAGAUGCCCUGGAUACAACUGAUUUUGGAGCAGCGAACGUUCCCUUCGACGACGGAAACUUUGCCUCCAACCUAGCAAAGGCAACUUUUUGA